CAGCUACCGCGGGAAUGUAGUUUUUAACAGUGACAACGCCAAAUAGGUGUUGUUUACAUAGUCAAAUAUUUUUGUACGAACAAUGAAUUGUAAGUGUCAUUUUGUUCGGUCGAGAUCCAUCUCACCGGUUAUUUCAUAUGUCUGAUAUUAUGGACAUAUUUGGGCGUUUUGUUGUGAAAUUGCUUUUCCGGGGUGCUAGCCAGUCAGCUAAAUUACUCAACUAGUGUCACUUCAGGGAAAUGUGUUUCUUGUGACACAACGGAAACAUAAUUUCUCAGUGGUUCACAACCCCAAGAGUUUGUCCUUUAUUGUCCUGUUAAUCGAAGGCCCGUCUUAUACAGGAUUCCUUCAGAAUUUGGCCUGCAUUCGAAGUCGCGAUGCUGAACGUCCCAUCCCAGUCGUUCCCUGCAGCCAGCUCUCAGCAGCGUGUUGCUCCAGCCGGUCAGUCCGGCAGGAACAAGGUAGCAUUGAAGCCUGGCCACAGUCUGAUGGACUGGAUCCGUGUGGCUAAGAGUGGCCGGGACCUGACAGGGCUGAGAGGUAGACUCAUAGACGUCACAGAGGAGGAGCUGCAAAAACACAGCACACGGGACGACUGUUGGACCUGCAUACGAGGCAUGGUUUAUAAUGUGAGCCCCUACAUGGAUUUCCACCCUGGAGGAGAAGAGGAACUGAUGAAGGCAGCUGGGAUAGACGGAACAGACCUUUUUGACCAGGUCCACCGGUGGGUGAACUAUGAGUCCAUGUUAAAGGAGUGUMUGGUAGGGAGGAUGGCUGUGAAGGCCAGCACUGCUCUCAAAGCUCAGUCUGUGAUAAAGGACAGCAUCACUCAUUUAAAUGGUCUAGCCCCCCCUCCUCCGCCCACCUCCAUGCUCCCUCCUGCUUUCCUCACCCCUCCCUCACCCUCCUCAUCACUGCAACCCUCAGCCGCCCYGCCACCAACCCAACCCAAAGACGCYCGGCCCAGGUAUGACUGGUUUCAAACUGAUGUCACAGUCGAUAUUGUGGUUUACACUAAACGGAAGCUCCCCAGCUCUGGCUGUACCAUAGUUGACCUGCAAGAUGGUGUUCUACGGGUGGAAGUUCUUCUGGGGAAAAUGUCCUACAUGCUGCGUCAACGUCUAGCCCAAGAAGUAGAUGGAAGCGUUGCUGUCCACACAGCGUGUGCUGUGGGGAAGAUUCAAGUCAGCAUGCGUAAAGCGGCCAAAGGAAAGUGGGAGGAGCUUGGUGAACCACUGGAAUUCCAUGAUUCUCUUUUCAGGAAGAAAGAUCGAGCGAUCUUCUACAGAGAGUGUAUGUUAGUUUCUAAGACGGAGGUCACACACGACACCUGGGUGUUCCGGUUACAACUCCCUCUAGGGACGCUCAUGCUACGUUAG